UCAGUCAGAGGUCAGGGUCAAGAGCAUCUGUUGCACAGAGACACUUCAGCAGCUUGGGGGGUUGGGAGUGUUGACCUCUGCCCCCACUGGUUGGAUCCUCAUGGCUCCUGUGGGGUGUUAGUGGUAUGAGGAGGUGAUUUGUGGAUCCAUUUUGAAACUAAAUUUACGACUUUAUCUGUGAGACGGAGAAGCUUCGGUCUGAAACAGCGUUCUCGUUUUACUUCCAACAGCAAACUCACGUUUCGUCCCAAAACGUCCCAUCAGGAGGAUUUAUUCCUCCUCCUGCACGUCGCUAUCCGUCAUUUUGUCAGAGCAGGUGUCUCUAUCUCUCGGUUUCUUUUUUUCCAAUCUCAUUUUGGAGUGAAGCUCUUCAUUUGAGGGGGGCUGGGUUAAGAUACCGAGAGGCCAGUGGAGGAGGGAUGGAGGGCGGUUAAACCCCUGGAGACCUGCCUGUGGCUCUGGCCGUAAGCCGGUCAGGGUGUACAUUUCCCCCCCUGAAUUCCGGAAAAUUGGCGAGAUUAAUGCUGUGGCAGAGGGACGGUGGUGCUGAUGACGUUUCCAGAUGGCCAUCAGCUUCGGGCGGCAGUGGUACUGGCGCGUCAUGGCCUGGCCUUCCGACCACCGGCCCCCGGGUUUAUGACUCGUGUAAAAUCGUUUCAGGGGCUGAGGCCCGGGGCCCAGUCAUCAGCAUUUUGGGACACCUUGUUAUCCAUCUCUCAAGAGCAGCGUACCUUUACGAGACAACACCUCAGCUUGAUUCAAUUUAGUCGAGGAAACGGAAAUAAGGCCAAUUCUGUACGUAAGCCGGGCUGCGAGGCGGUCUGCGCUGUGUUACCGGCUCUGGAGCUGCUGCUGCUCCAGCUGAAGGAGGAGACCGGCGUCCUGGUGGAGCUGAGCCAGCUGGCCCGUGAGCAGGGAGACCCGCACACCGCCAGCGUUGUGAAGAGCCACUUCCUGGCGCCACGGGUGGACCGCCUCAAACUGCUCGGAGACCUGCUCACCAGCGCCCGCCGGGUGGGCUGCACCAACGACCAGACGGGGGGGUUUGGGGAGUACAUCCUGAAUGAGCUGCAGGAGGAACUCACCAGAUGAUCGAUCUGCUUCAGGGAAAGGGAAGUCGCUGCUGGUGAAUGAUGCUCGUUUGGUUUUUCUCUGCAGGGAUUAAAAAUGUAAUUUUCCUCUGUGAAAGAUAAAAAUCUGAUGUUUGGGAAAUCUGCUUGUUAGCUAACUUCCCCUGAGUCAAGAUGGAUAUCAGUUUCAUCUGUUUGUGUCCAGGACAGAAUGUGUUUAGCUUAGCUUAGCAUAAAGACUGAUGGCAGGUGGAAACUGCUAGCCUAGCUCCAUCAAAAGAGGAAAACUACACCUAUCAACUCCAAAGCUGUCUUUUACAUUCUGGACUGCUUCAACAUCUUGUUAAAAAUACAUUUUAAUACACUCCAUGAAUUACCAUUAAAACACUGUCAAAACUAAAGCGAUGCAGGAAAAGAUAAACAUUGCCUACGAUGUGUUUAGCCUAGCGUAGCACAGAGGCUGAAAGCAGUGUGUAUCGCAUGUUAGCAUUUGGUCUAGAAGAAACACUGUGCGCUUAGCAUUAGCUUCAUUCCCUUACUCAACAGCUGUCUCCAGAGGAGGAAAACAACAGCAAUGUUUGGCCUCUAGUUCUAUCACUUCUUUUCUUCUACUGAAGUUAGCAUGCUAACCAGCUAGCCCCAGCUUGUCUCGUCACUUUCCGAUAGCGACUCACUGUAGUAUCCAGACUGCCCAGAAGUAGCGCUGCUCAGAGGAUGUAUUCUAGCGAACAUCAGAGAGUAGCUUAGCACUUAUUAACCAAAAGCAGGAAAAAAUGCACCUUCAAGAAACUCCGGAGCUUUCUGUUUUACAUGUACAUGUCUUCGUUAGCUAACAAGCUAGGCACCAGUCUGUCUUAUAGUCAGCUGUGUGACAGUAAAUAUCUGACAACAACUAAAGAGGACCUAACAAAUAGCCCCAGCACUGCUGCUAAUGUCUCACCUUUACAUUUCUGCAUCUGUUCAAUGAGCAAGACACAACAUAAAAACCAAAACUUUUUUAAAAAGUCUCCUGUAAUGUGAAUUUGUGUACAUUUUUUUUCGUAUGAAAAUUAAAUAUUUUUCAGACUUUCCUUUGAGGAAUUUUAAUGUGUUUUUCUACAAAAACUUUUUAACCAACAAACAUGUAAAAAGGGAUUCAGUAGCAGCUUUAAGUAGCUUUCCUGGUUGUUUUUGAUUCUCAGAUUUAUAUAGACGCAUUUAGGAAAAAACCUGUUAAUGUUCAAUAACCAGCCCUCAAACAAAAACACAGAAGUUUUUGUUUUACUAAGUUCUCAAUAACUAUGAACGUGUCCUAAACCUACAUGAAGCCUGUAACAGAACUUUUGUUCACGAACUUGUGCGCUCCAACAUAUUAACAUCAUUUUAUUAUUUAUUCACUGUGUAUUCAGUAUUUAAUCAUAUAUUCAUGUUUUGUGAUGUCGUCAAUUUUUGGUUUGCUGGUGUUUGGUUUUUGUGAUUCUCUAAAACAUGUUUGGACAUGUUGUGCACUAUGUAAUAAAGUUUGUAAAUAAAGUUUUACAAUAAUCAGCAUGUUUUUGUGUUUAAAAAAUAACAAAAUAAAGAUUAUUUGGUAUUUUACAACAUAAUUUUUUAAUGAUUUUUUAAAGCAUGAAUGAAUUAACAGCAAAAAAAAAACCCAUUAACAACUUGUCUUUAGUUGUUGUCGGGGGUUUGGCCUCUUAUUAAAAGAGCUGUCAAUCAUUUUUGGAGCGAUAGUGAUAAUCCUUGGAGUAGAGGGUUUGAAUAUUUUUCUCAGACACUUAAAGCAUCCAAAGUCUAACCAUCUGUCACUCAUGACUGGCAGAGGAUGAUGGGUAGUUAGUCCACAGCCUGCAAGACUCAGCUCAGGGCGAAGAGAAGACACAGGUUCAGGGUCCUGGUCCUGCAGGUUGUGAGAGGAUCUGCUCUGCAGCGCCCUCCAGCUGCAGGAGCAGUGUGCUGCAGCUGGGCCUGAGACUGAGCUGCAUGUUUAGUGAAAAUCACUAAUCUGCAUUUAAAUGUUUCUGGAUGGAGUCGAUGCAGCGAUGACAGCUGAGAGGAGGAGGAGGAGGAGGAGGAGGUGAAUCUCCUCUGACACAGAGAAAAACACUCUGUCUAAAAAUAAACCCAAUGACAUUUAACUUGA